AUGUGUGCACUUGAUCUAUCCCCCCACCAAUUAACUUGGACGUCAGACUUGGUCCUGCCUGGCAAACUAGUCACUUGGACAUCCUCAUCAAUCCUGAAGAAACUCAGCCAAUCAGCAGAUUCGCAAGAGCAGCAGGCUUCCCGACAUUCGGCCAAGCUACAUCCGUCAUUCGACCCGCUCAACUAUCAUCGGAAGGGUGGCUCGGAGUUGAUAGGAUAA